AUGCGUUUUCGUGUUUUCCAGUUGUUUGCACUCACUCCAAUCUUCGUUAUUUGCACUCCACUGUUUUUUUUGUCUCAAGAAUCAGAGAAUGAAUUUCGACGUAUCACAAUAGCUAAUCUUGGAAUAACAGAUGUUUCAAGAGGAUGGAUAUUAUACACCACUAUUAUCAUAUGUAUAAUAUUAUAUUUUAUGGUGACUGGAUUAUGCUUAACCGAAGCAUACAUCUGGCCAAGAAAAUUGAAAAUAUGUAAUAGUUGGAAAACAUUACCUUUGAAUAAUGAUAAUAACAAUAACAGUGGCAGUAGUGAUAAACACCAAAAACCUAAUUCAUCGUUGACUAACGGCAGUAGAGAACAAAUUAAUCAAGGGGAACAAAAAGCCAUAAAUAUCUCUAAUAGUGAUGACGAUAAUGACGAUGAUUGUGAAUGUGAUCGUAUUAAUGAGAUACCAAAUGUACUCAUGCUAACAGGUGUCCCAACUAGCACUACAGUCAAAUCAUUUGUAAAAAGAAUAACAGAAUUCUUCAAAAUUAAUCAUCCAGAAUUGAAGGUAAAAUGGAUUGAACCAGUUUAUUUAGUUCGAAAUUUGACAGAACUUGAGCAAGCAAAAGCUGAAACAGAGAUUUAUCUACGCGCUUCAGUUGAACAAUUAGAAAAAACUGGCGAACAACCAACCUAUCAUAAUUUCGGUACUAUUUGUCAAACACUGGCUACGAGUAAAUCAGACGCCAAUGCAAUUGUAGUGUAUAAUGAACAAUUAGAUGUGCUUGCAACACAAAUCAACACUAUUUAUGCAAUCAGUGGCCUAUCGAACAUUGAACUUUUGAUGAAAGAAAAUCCAGGAAAGAAUCUUACUGAUUUACUCAAUAUACCGCAUACAGGGAUUGUUUUUAUCGGUCUAGAAAAUUCAGGACAAGUUCUAAGAUUUCUGUCUUCAUACACAACUUGUCCGCUUCAAAUAUUUCCAACCAACAAUACUAUACAUAUGCAAAACUAUUGUAAACAGCAUCGUCCUUGGCGUAAUUUAUACUAUAUUAAGAAACCAAAUCGAUCUAAUCUAUUCAAUCAUGCUUAUUUAGCUCCACCAUCAUCAGAUUUGUUGUGGCUGAAUAUAACUUCCACAACAUAUCAUGGAUGUAAAUGGUGGUUACGUGUAGUUUGGAUUCGUGUAACUGUUGUUUUGUUGGCAUUCGUCUUAACAUCACCUGUUUAUAUACUUACUAUUGUAAAUUUCACUGGAUUAUUCGACUGGUUGGGUAGAAUUUCGCGUCCAUUUAUUUUUAAAUGGGUCCCGGCAGCAAUUUUAGCAGGUGUCUCAUUAAUUCUAACACGUCUAGUAAUCAUUAGUGAAUAUUGGACGAGACAUAAGACGCGUGGAGGUUUAGAAAGUGUUAUCUACCGAAAUGCUUAUUGUUUCUUAUUUAUUACAGUGUUAUUAUUACCUUCUCUUGGAAUAACAGGUUUUCCAGCUCUGUUACAUCAACUUAUAACAACUAAAGUGAAUCAUUCAAAUCCAUUUGCUUUUUAUGUACCAUUUCGAACAGAAUGUAUAUUUUUACCAGACAGUGGUGCAUUGUUCAUCAAUUAUGUAGUAACAUGUGCACUACUUGGAACAGGUCUACGAAUUCUACGUUUGGGUCAUAUUUUCCAAAGUUUGAUUAGACGACACUUUUACGCUCAUACUGUGGCAGAAAGAAAAGUUUUCUCUGAACCUCAACCGGAAACAUUCGCAUUUGGAGAAAACUAUGCAUUUCUGUCAGUUGUUCAUACAAUUAUUAUUGCUUACACACCAGUUUGUCCAAUCAUCUACGUCUUUGGUCUGUUGUAUUUUCUAUUUAAAUUUCUUAUCGAUAAGUUUAUGCUUGUAUGGAUUCAUGAGCCGUUGCAAUCAGAUAUACGUGGUUGGACCGAAACCGACAAAAAGAAUUAUCAAUAUAUUUAUCAUUUGAAAUGGUUUCUUCAAUCAACCCGAUUUAGUUUAUCUGGAGUUUGUAUGGCAUCUAUCAAUGUGUUUGCUUUUUAUUCACUACGAUGGUCUUCUGUAGAACUACGCCCACUGAUCAUUGCCUAUUUUGUUUUGACUGUGGUUACGAUAGUAAUAUCUGUGAUAUUUUCUGCCCUUGUCAAAUAUCAUUCAUCUUCUCUUAUAUGCCCUGUUUCUGUAUGCAGAAAAUAUUCCGGUCAUUAUCGUAAAUUAAUUGACUAUAAUCAAAACAAAAUGAUCUCCAGCGCAGUUAUAUGCACUUGCCCUAAAUUAUACCUUGAUACCUCUAGUACUGAAAAUGAUUACACAGUUCCUGGUUUACGUAAGUUCAAAUUGUGAGAAAAUUCAUAUCUAUCAGAAUACAUUUAGCAACCUUAUAAACAGAAAAAAACUAAACUUAUGUUUUGGUUCUGAUUGUUACUUUUUGUAUAUUAAAAUGUAAUUUAC